GUUUGUACUACUAUACCAUAAAAGGUAAAACUUCUCUGACUUGACGCCUUUCCGGUACGAUAUUAUAAAAUAAUAUUAGCUUUAAUUGUAGGUGGUUUGAGUUUAGUUAAUCAGUAAAUAUUCGUUUACACUGCUAAGAUUGGACGGAAUUCUCAAACAUGUGUGACGACGAUAUUGCAGCCCUUGUAGUAGAUAAUGGAUCUGGAAUGUGUAAAGCGGGUUUUGCAGGAGAUGAUGCCCCUCGUGCUGUUUUCCCAUCUAUUGUUGGUCGCCCAAGACAUCAGGGUGUGAUGGUUGGCAUGGGCCAGAAAGAUAGUUAUGUAGGUGAUGAAGCCCAGAGUAAACGUGGCAUCCUUACAUUGAAGUACCCAAUAGAACAUGGUAUUGUAACCAACUGGGAUGACAUGGAAAAGAUUUGGCAUCAUACCUUCUACAAUGAGCUGCGUGUUGCUCCAGAAGAACACCCUGUGCUGUUGACUGAGGCUCCUCUUAACCCUAAGGCGAACAGGGAAAAAAUGACACAGAUUAUGUUUGAGACCUUCAACACCCCAGCCAUGUAUGUAGCAAUCCAGGCUGUUCUGUCACUUUAUGCUUCUGGUCGUACUACAGGUAUUGUGAUGGACAGUGGUGAUGGUGUUUCUCACACUGUACCAAUCUAUGAGGGUUAUGCUUUGCCACAUGCUAUACUGAGGUUGGAUUUGGCUGGACGUGACCUGACUGACUAUCUCAUGAAAAUCUUAACAGAACGUGGCUACAGUUUCACAACUACAGCUGAGCGUGAAAUUGUGCGUGAUAUCAAGGAAAAAUUGUGUUAUGUAGCUCUAGAUUUCGAACAGGAAAUGGGCACUGCUGCUAAUUCAUCAUCUCUGGAAAAGUCUUAUGAACUUCCUGAUGGUCAGGUAAUCACCAUUGGGAAUGAAAGAUUCCGUUGUCCAGAAGCAACAUUCCAGCCUUCUUUCCUUGGCAUGGAGUCUUGUGGUAUUCAUGAAACUACUUUCAAUUCGAUCAUGAAGUGUGAUGUUGAUAUCCGUAAGGACUUGUAUGCAAAUACUGUUCUUUCAGGAGGUAGUACUAUGUUUCCUGGGAUUGCAGAUAGGAUGCAGAAAGAAAUUACUGCUUUAGCACCUAGUACAAUGAAAAUUAAGAUCAUUGCUCCCCCAGAAAGGAAGUACUCUGUUUGGAUUGGAGGUUCCAUCCUAGCUUCUUUAUCCACUUUCCAGCAAAUGUGGAUUUCCAAACAGGAGUAUGAUGAAUCUGGACCAAGUAUUGUUCACCGCAAGUGUUUCUAAGACUUUUAUAUUUUGGUAUUUAUAUAUAAUGUCUUGAACAGUGUUGAAUGGACCAAAGCAAGAUGCUUGAAUGAAGACUAACUGUAGUUAAAGUUAUCAGAAAAUAUUAUUUAGAGAAGCAUUUUGCAUUAACUUGUGUGAUGAUGAUAACGCACUGCUUUCCAGAUCUGUUUUAUGCAAUAACUUAAUUUGAAUGUCAUUACUUAUCUGAAGUCUUAAGUUAAAGAAUUUAAAAUUAACUCCCCGUGUAGUUAAAAUAUUAACAAGACUUAUAUGUGUAUACUAGAUCUUAAUAAAUCAUCUUGUUGUAUACCAGAA